CGAGGAGUAGGGUUCUAGCGCCUAUCUGGUUUCUCCCUGCGCCGCCGCCGCCGCCGUGGACAACCGGAGCGUAGUGGGAGGGGAUGAUGGAGGGAGGUAGCCGCGCGGAUGGGCGGAAUCCGAACCAGCUCCGGCCGUUCACCUGCACCGGGAACCCGCUCCACCGCGCCCACGGCUCCGCGCGGUGGGCGCAGGGCGACACCGUCGUGCUGGCCGCUGUGUACGGGCCCAAGUCGGGAACCCGGAAGGGCGAGAACCCCGAGAAGGCCUCCAUCGAGGUCGUGUGGAAGCCCAAGACCGGCCAGAUCGGAAGGCAAGAGAGGGAAUAUGAGAUGACACUCAAGAGGACGUUGCAGAGCAUCUGCUUGCUCACAGUUCAUCCUAACACCACCACCUCUGUCGUGCUUCAGGUUGUGGGUGAUGAUGGUUCUCUUAUGUCAUGUGCAAUUAAUGCUUCUUGUGCUGCUCUUGCAUUUGCUGGAAUCCCUAUGAAACAUCUCGCUGUCGCGAUUAGCUGUGGAGUGAUGGACAAUGGUGUGGUUAUCUUAGACACUAGCAGAGCAGAAGAGCAGCAAGCUAGGUCGUUUGCUCACCUGGUGUUUCCGAACUCGCGCAAGUCAGUCGAAUCGAAGGACACGACACAGCGAGAUGAGGAGUCCGAGCGAGGAUUGAUAACUUGCAUCACGCAUGGAGCAAUGUCCGAGGAUGACUAUUUCAACUGCAUAGAGAGGGGUGUCAUGGCGUCCUCGAGGAUCUCGGAUUUCAUGAGGAAGACACUGCAGAAGGAGGCUUCCAGGGAUGCCUGACCUGAGUAGCAAAUGUAUUAGCACGACUGAGAAGCUGCCUGCCUGUGAUAGGCGAUGGCGAUGGCAAUGGUGUGUAGACAGCAGCUGGGUCUCUAGUUUUGACGGCAUGUAGUCGUGUUAGAAUGAAGGAGGCAAGGGUGCGAUGGAGUGGAGGUCAAUCGGCGUGUGAUGCCACGUCACUAGCUUAGCUGCGGAUGGUUUGGUGGACUUUUGAGGAACAGAUAAUGAGAUUGUAUGCACGGCACGCUGAAAUUUUACUUGAACGCCGCCCGAUUAAAACAAUAUCCAUACUGUACGUGUGUCGGUGGGCUGCAAUGUGAUGUGUGAUAUGAAAUGUUUGGUGGUGCUUGGGCGUGGCGUUUGUUUGUUAGCGGUGGUUGGUUUAGGUAGGUCGCACAGCCCAUCCAUGUUGUGUAGUACAUGCACAUCAGGUUGGUAGAGCUGUCUAGGUUACAUAUUCAAACUGAACCUCUGCCUAAUUCAGGUUUCGUAUUCCUACCA